AUGCUGCCGUUUGCAGCGCGCUCGGAGCGCCGCGCCGGCGCCGGCGCGACCUUCGUCCCGUUCUUCGUCGUUGCGGCGUGGCUCGCGUGGCUCGGUGCCGGCGCCUUGGUGGACGAGGUGAAUCUCCUCGCGAGGACCGAUAAUUUGCCUGGCAGCUUCUCACUGGGCAACACGCUGCCACUGGUGGCCAGGCCAUGGGGCUUCAAUCAUUGGUCGGUGCAGACCGAAGGCAUUCGCUCCGUGGAGGGCAGCAGCUGGUGGUUCAGCCCGAAGAGCCGGAACUUUGUGGCAAUGCGUUGCACUCACCAGGCAAGUCCGUGGAUCAGUGACUACGGGCACUUCCUGGUCUUCCCAACCUUGACCAAGAGGGACUGGUUGACCUACGAGCCCCUAAACAGCAGCUUCCAUCCCUAUCGCUUUGCGGCAGAGCUCGAGGAAGAUGGUCACCUGGCCACGUUGUUUGCCCGUUUCGUUUUGGGGGGUUGA